GAACAGAGGAGGAAGGGAAGGCAGAGAGACCAGGGGAGGUCUGACGACACCAUACCCGGCACCUAUUUUAAAUGCACAGAUUGAUAAAUGCAAGCGCGCAGUCUGCUUUUGGCUGUGAUUUACUGGAGGGGCAUCAAGAUUCAUAACCAAGCUGUCACCCUGCAGGAGAGGUGUGCAACUUUUCCCACCAGGACAAAAACUUAAAAGGAGCUUUGGAAACGCAGCAUGUGUGAGUGUCCAGAGUAGCAGUAGCUUUCAGUGCUGGAGGUCCAAUGUAAGGAUGGACGGCGCAUGUUCCAGGCUAACGGUGUUCCUCACCGUUGUCUGACCCAGCUUUAAAGGGAACAUCCAGCCAAAAACGAAGAAGGAGCGGCUAAAGGCACAAGAAGUUAACCCAUCUGCGACUUUUACCCCACUGAUAAGAUGCUGUGGUGCAACUUUGGCCACCGCCUGCUCUCCCUGGCAGCACUUCUGGUGAUUGUGAGCUGCGGAGGAGGGGAGCAGAGGAGGGGGACGGAGAGCAGCAGCACAGGUGGCAGCAGCAGCAGCAGUAGUAGCAGCAGUAGCAACAGUAGUGGAGGAAGCGGCGGUAAUAAUUACAGCAGCAGACGCUUUCACAAGAUCCAGCACGGACAGUGCACCUAUACGUUCAUCCUACCUGAGGGAGAGGGAGCCAGAGGGGCCUCCUGCCGGGAGGCGAAAGCCGGCGGCCCCCAGCACAACGUCAACUCCCUCCAGAGAGACGCGCCGCCACCUGAGCCAGACUUUCCCAGCCAGAAGAUCCAGCAGCUCGAGCACAUUAUGGAGAAUUACACGCAGUGGCUACAUAAGAUUGAGAACUACAUCAAGGAGAACAUGAAGACAGAGAUGGCUCAACUGCAGCAGAGCGCCGUCCACAACCACACAGCAGCCAUGUUGGAAAUGGGCACCAACCUUCUAUCUCAGACGGCUGAACAGACGCGCAAGCUGACUGACGUUGAGACGCAGGUUCUGAAUCAGACAUCCAGGCUUGAGAUCCAGCUGCUGGAAAAUUCUCUUUCCACUAACAAGCUGGAGAAAGAGUUAAUGGUCCAGACCAAUGAGAUCAGCAAGCUGCAUGACAAGAACAGCCUCCUGGAGCAGAAGAUGUUAGAAAUGGAGAUGCGCCACCGUGAAGAGCUGGAGACACUGAAGCAGGAGAAGGGAAGUCUCCAGGCCCUGGUGGGGAGCCAGAGCGGGGUUAUCAGGGAGCUGGAAGCCCAGCUGAGCCGGGCCACAGGAAACAGCACAGCCCUGCAGAGACAGCAGCAGGAGAUGAUGGAUACCGUCCAUAACCUGCUCAACCUCUGCUCCAAAGAUGGAGUGGUUCCUAAUAGCACAAAGGUCGCGGAUGAAGAGAAGAAGUUCCGUGACUGUGCCGACCUCUACCAGGCUGGCGUCCAUAAGAACGGAGUCUACACCAUCCAGAUCAAUCCUCAGGAGACCAAAAAGGUGUAUUGCAACAUGGAAACAGCCGGCGGUGGAUGGACGGUCAUCCAGCGCAGAGAGGACGGCAGUGUGGACUUCCAGAAAACGUGGAAGGAGUACAAGAUGGGCUUUGGGAGCGUGUCUGCAGAGCACUGGUUGGGGAACGAGUAUGUUUACCAGCUGACCAGCCAGAGGCAGUACGCCCUCCGUGUAGAGCUGACAGACUGGGACGGACACCAGGCCUUCUCACUUUAUGACCGCUUCCAAAUCGGCAGUGAGAAACAAAACUACAGGCUGUUCCUGAAAAGCCACAGUGGGACUGCAGGCAGACAGAGCAGUCUAGUAAUCCACGGAGCAGACUUCAGCACCAAGGACAUGGACAAUGACAACUGCAUGUGCAAGUGCGCCCUCAUGCUCACUGGUGGUUGGUGGUUUGAUGCCUGUGGCCCUUCCAAUCUUAACGGCAUGUACUUCACCCAAGGACAACACAUAGGGAAGUUGAACGGUAUCAAGUGGCACUACUUCAAGGGCCCCAGCUACUCGCUACGAGCCACCGUCAUGAUGAUCCGCCCGCUGGACUUCUCCUAGUCCUUCCACCUUGCGAACUUUCAACUUCCAAACGGCUACGUAGCACAUUAGAGGGACGCUUCCUAUUUUAUCCUCUCGUCUCAUCUCAUUUCGCAGGUCAUGGGAGUCAUCCAGUGAAUCUUUUAUUCAGCCUGGUUCCUCUCCAGAGAAACUGCAGUUCCUGUGCUGCUGUUGCCUCAUAAACUUUUCCCUUCAUUGAACUGACAAGCAGCCAUGGGGAGGAAGACAGAGCAAGACAUGACUCACCUGAGCUGAUUUCUGUUCCCGAGCAGAUUUCACAAACUUGACCUUAUUUAAGGACAAAUGCGUCCAGGUGUGUUAUCUCACGCCUGGACUUGGUGCACAUUGUCAGCUUGUAUGAGAAUUCAAGCAUGAUGUGAAACCACAAUGUUCCCGGGGACCUGUGUUGUAAUAGUAUGGAGGACUUGAACUCUUGUGAAUGGAAAGCAGCUAUCACAGAGCAGCGCUGACUCCUCAACUGCAGGACAGAACUAAUCUGGAUGGAGACAGAUGAGAGAUGCAGCUUUUUUAUUCAAAUGUUGCUCACAGAACGCAGUGCAUAAAUCUUACGAUUGUAUUAUAUAUUGUGUUUUUAGUAUUGUUUUUGUUAUCCCACCUGUAUACAAUAUCCAAAGUGAGAUGAAGUUGUCUUUUGUACUGUACAGUGUAUACUGAACUUCUGUCUGUAUUACGUAUAAAACAAGCUCCGUUUUAUGAUGACCUUGAAAUGCAAGUGCUUGGUCGUUAUGAGGGUCACUUGCAGUAUUUGCUGGCAAUUACACGUUAGCUGUCUUGACAGAGUGUGAUUAUUUUUAGGGUUCAAGAUGUGAGGUUAUUAUUGGAUUACAUUCUGGACUCAGAUACAUUUGCCUUUGUUUUUGGCUGAGAAACAACUUAUUCCUGCCAAGGUUCAGAUUGUGAGUGAUCACCUUACCGCUGCUCAAUAUGAAAAACAAGGACAUUAAGUCAGAUGCAUUUAAUUAGUGAUAUAUAACAAUACAGCUGUGUGCGCCGGGGGGGAGAAAACACACAUUUGCAUAUACAACAAGUAAUGUGUAGAGAUAUACAGUAUAUUCCUGAGUGUAAUGAUGUCGUGAUCCUUCCGUAUUCACAAAUAUGUAAAUGCUUAUAUUAAGCUGGUGUCCCACAUGUACAGGACUCGCAAAGAAUAAGGUUGAAGGUCAUAUUACCGAAUCUUAUUUCUAACCGUAGAGGACAUUAUAAAACGUCAAGCCUGGUCCUGUCAGUACUCUAACCUCUUACCUUAAGACAAAGAGCAGAUCAUUAAGACAAGUUACAUCCAAGGUAUUUUCCACAGACAUCAACAUGACACAGCCUCAGAAUCCAGCUUGUUUCUGUUUCUCAUCAAUGCAGCUUUGAGAAAAAGGAGUUCGAGUUGGAUAUGAAGCAUGAAAUUAAUGAUUCCACCAAGUGAUCCGUGCGAACACAUGUUUCAUAACUUCCAGCUUAUAACAACAGAAUCUACUGUCGAGUAUUUACUAAUGGUACAUGUGGCAAGAAGAUAAAGUGUAUCUGGAACCUGUAAAACUACGAUUGACAUGUUUAUUAGCAUACUAAAAUUGUAUAAUUUAAUGUGUGUGUAUACGUAGAGCAGCUUUCCUGAGGAAAGCCAUUCUUUUUGUCUGCUUUUACUCCGCUACAAGUACAACAAUGUUUUGUCGAGCAUAAAACGUGGAAAUUAGGAUAAUAACCCUGGAGAAAUGUGCCUUUGAUAACUUUGCUUUUACCUCAUUAAAUUCCAGAUUUGCAGAUUUAUUUAAACAUCUUUUGUAACAUGUGGUCAGUGCUGUGUUGCUAGAUUAAAUAAAAGAGCAUGUG